AUGGUGACAACUGUGAAUCCUAAGCGUUUAGGAGGUUCGUAUUAUCUAACUAUUGUUGUGGUGCUUUGUCUCUGUCAUCUCUAUCAUCUUCACGGGGUUUUUUUUGAUACGGAUGUUCAUCCAACCAGGGAGUAUCUGGCUUGGCUUGAAUCAAACUCGGAAGUUGCUAAUAGAGUUAAUGCUGAGAUUGUCACCAAGGCUGAGACAGCUACUAUAGGGGAGCUACUCACUUACAUGAAGCAGGAAGGAGCGAAGGUUGCUUGGUUCGAGUGUACGGCCACCAUUGAUGAUGUUGUGCGUGGCUCAGCAUGGUACUACAUUGCUUGUGGUGGGUGCAAGACUAAAGCUACUAAAGGACCUACCACGCUUAUGUGUAAGAAGUGUGGAAAAACUGAGAUCACUGGUGCUGCAGAGUAUCUCAGCAAGCUCUCUGUCUAUGACAACAAUGAUCAUGCGAGCUUUGUACUUCUUGGUGACGCUGGGUUUGAGUUAACUGGGAAGAAAGCAUCUGUAUUGGUUGAGAGCUACUAUGAGGCUAAUGAGGGAUCAGGAGAUGAUCAUGUAGUCCCGGUGCCUCAAGCCCUUAUUGACACCAUCGGACAGAAACGCACGUUCGUUAUCAAGAUAUCAAAGCACAACUUGGAAGGCAAGACUCAAAUUUUAACUGUCACCAAGGUACUCCCUCUUGAGGUUCCAGCGCUUGGAUACGAUUUAGCUGCCGACGUGGUUGUCUCUCCUACUGCAGGUCGAAAAGAGGUGCUGAUAUGA